AUGGCGCCUAUCCGGAUUGCACUCAUCGGCCUCUCCGCCAGCGCAAAAACAUCCUGGGCUUCCGAAGGUCACUUACCCUACCUCCUUUCCCCAUAUGGGCAGAAACGCUACCGAAUCGUCGCCCUGCUUAAUUCCAGCGUCACAGCAGCCGAAGCAGCUCGCGCGCACUUCAAUCUCCCGACCAGCGUGAAGGCUUACGGCGACCCAGAUGCUCUAGCACAGGAUCCAGAAGUAGACCUCGUGGUCUGCAACACCCGCGUCGACACGCACUUCGCCCUCGCUGCCCCAUCGGCUAGACAGGGCAAGGCAAUCUACGUCGAGUGGCCUCCCACCCAUGAUCUGGCGAGUUCAGAGGAGCUCGCCGCGUUGGUUGCUUCAUCUGGCAGAGACAGCAUCGUCGGGUUACAGGGACAAGUUGCGAGAGUCGUGCUCAAGAUCAAAGAGGUGGUUGAUUCAGGGCGCAUUGGGCGGAUCCUCGGCAGCGACGUCGAAGCGUACGGGAACCUUCUGGCAAGGGAUGAACUCCCAGAGGGAUUGGCAUAUUUCGCGGAUAGAAAGGUUGGCGGGAACCCCGUCACCAUCGCGUUCGCUCACAUGAUUGACUACGUUCACCAUGUUCUCGGCGAGUUUGAAGAGUUUGAGAGCCGGAUGCAGCGUCAGAGGCCGCUGAUCGACGUUAUCGCCAGUGACGGGCAGCGGAAGAGCGUGGAAUCGGACGUUCCUGAUUUCAUUGCGCUGCAUGGCGCUAUCAAGGGCGAAAACACGGUAGAAGGCGCUACUCUGGCAGUCAGGUUUAGGAAUGGCACUCCGAUUAAGGGACGGUCUGCUUUUAUGUGGAGGAUUGUGGGGGAGAAGGGGGAGAUUGAGGUUGAGAGCCCUUCGGGGCCGUAUUUGCAUUCGGACUCAUAUGAUGAGCCGAUUGUGAUCCGUGUUCAUGAUCACGCUAAGAAUGUUGUUGAGGAGGUGAGUUGGGACUGGGAGGAAUGGCAGAAGUCUUUGCCUAUUCGUGCCAGAAAUGUGGGAGAGAUCUAUGAGAGAUUUGCUGCCGGGGUGGAAGGGAAAAGGGAGGAGGGGAGAGGGACACGCAGGUGGCCUUCACUUCAGAAUGCUGUUGUGCGGAUGAGGCAGUUGGAUUUACUUUGGCGGAGGUUCGAUGAACAGAAGUACUAG